AUGGCUCAAGAAUUUGAGAUGGCUGACAUUGGGCACAUGUCUUACUACCUCGGAAUUGAGGUAAAACAAAAUGGAAAUGACAAUUUUAUUUUUCAAGAAGUUUAUGCAAAAAAAGUUCUUGAAAUGUUCAAAAUGCAAAAUUGCAAUCCAGUGAGUACUCCCAUUGGGCGUGGAACAAAAAUGUCAAAAUAUGAUAAGAGCGCGAAAGUGGAUCCAUCUAUCUAUAGACAGUUUGUUGGAAGUUUGAGAUAUUUAACUUGUACAAGACCUGAUAUUCUUUAUGGUGUUGGUCUUGUUAGCCGUUAUAUGGAGGCACCAACUUUAACUCACAUGGAGAUUGCUAGAAGAAUACUUCGCUACAUUAAAGGUACCAUUGAUUAUGACUUAGCUUAUUCUUUUUCUACGAAUUUCAAGUUUCAUGGUUAUAGUGAUAGUGAUUGGACUAGUAAUAUUAAUGAUUGA